CCGACUCGCCCAGUCCUCGCUCCCGCCGCCGCGAUUCACCGAACUCGCUAGCACCGUCCGCGCCGCCCGCCAGCGCCGCACCCCCGUCGACGCCGCCCGUCCGCCAGCGCCGCAUCUCCAUCGACGCCACCCGUCCGCGUUCUCCAAUCGUCGGCGGCAUCGCCGUCCCCAUCCUCCGUCCGCGCCGCCCACGAGCGCCACACCUCCGUCCACGCCGUCCGCCCGCGCCGCUCCUCCGUCCACGCCGGCCGUCCACGCCGGCCGCCCACGCCGCUCCUCCGUCCACGCCGGCCGUCCGUGUCCUCCAAUCGUCGGCGGCACCGCCGUCCGCGCCUCCCGUGCCUUCGACUUCCUCUAUUGCAGGUUCACGCUUGCCAUCGACUGUAAGUAUGGAUCUCGCUCCUUUCAAGCUGGAUAUUGACGAGCUACUAGAUGAUUAUGCCAAGGAAAAUUGCAUGUCAUUCACCGAUUUCAAGAGAGUGUGGAUGGCCAAGAAGUUUUCUUAUAUCUAUGAAGGCCGACCCAAGGCAAACUCAGGCGUUUUUAUGCAAUCCCUCUUUUUGCAUUGUAUUGGCCAUAUGACUUCCCAAAGUUCUCUACUUCAGAGGUUGCCUGGUCUUUACUGCCUUUACUGCCUUUAUGAGUGCCAACCAUACAAGCCACACUACAAAAUUUAUCUGUCUCUUGAGGAGUCCAAUAAACUCAAAGACUUUGUCAUUGAGGCUAAGCAGAAUGGGCUUGCUCUUGUACCAGCACUUGUCAAAAGGAUGCUAGACAAAGGCAUGUUUCUGUUUGGGUUCAUAAAUUUGCUUGGUGACAAUGAGGCAAAGGAGGUUGAUGAAAUGAAUGCAUCCCAGAAUAAACGGGUGAAAUUUGCCUGUGACAAGUUGUUUGCAAAUACUCAAAUAGGGAGUUAUACGCACAAAGACUUGGGAGUGGAGUUUGAACUUGACAGCAUCAAGAAAUUGUCAAUGGACUACGCUAAAGCCAAAGAAUCAGCCUUUGCAGAGGCAAGCCAAACUGUUGAUGUGGAAGAUGCCAAGCACAUCCUUCAGAAUGACAAACUGCUGGGUGACAAGGUAGAGGAAAUCGUCAAAGAGUGGGAUGCCCAGAAGGAAGAGUUCUACCAGAAAACAGGUGUAUCUCCCCAUGAUGAACUGGCGGUGGUUGACAACGACGAAUCUGGAGAAUUCCAUGACGAAAACGAAACUGACGCCUUUGAUGAGUUAGAACAGCUGCUGCUGGAAUGAAGGGAGCAUCCAGUAGCCUGUGAAUGACUGAAAAACUACUACCCUGCUCAUGCCAUUUUGUCACGGCAUGGAAUCGACAUUGGGCUGACUCAGCAUGCCCAAAAUAUUCUUGAAAGCAUUUUUUGUCACAACAUGUCUGAAGCAAAAAAAUUGUAUGUAGUUCUAUUUUGGUCGGAUGAAAUUUUGCCUGAUGUACAUAUUUCCAUGGAACAAAUUGGGUUUCCUAAUUCAGGAAAUGUUGCAUUUU